AUACCGUCACUGCGUCGCAGCGCUGGACGAAUGGACAAAUGAAAAUGAAUUCGGUGAAUUAACUUAAAAAAAAAAAAAUAACAAAAAAAUAGAAGCAAAAAAACGGCUAAAUGUCUCAAAAAUAGUAAUAAAAACCAACGGAAAAAUCCAAUUUCAUCAGAAUAAAUGGCAUAAAAAGUCAAACUAAUUGGAGCGAAGGUGUGCAAACGACGAGUCUACGGUCAGCCGGAUGAAGUGAAGUUAAAAGAAAAGCAUAAAAAAUCGAUAGAAGUGAAAGAGCGAAUUAUUUUGGCGACACACAACUUCAGUAAAAAAGCAUAAAGGACGUGAAAUACAAUGGGUUUAACGGAAUAUUUCAAUUGAUUUGUAUAAUUGCCAAAAGCAUGAGAAAGCCUUGGAGACCAAUUGAUCACUAUAAUUCAGUGUAAUUACAGGCAAUACAGUUAUCAAAGUGUGAUUUUUUUUAUUAUAAAAGGUGGAAUUGGCAGCGCAGGAGAAUUAACAAAGCUGACUUAAGAGCACACAAAUAGUAAUAAGAAAAUGGCGAAGACUAAUAAUAAUAACCUGCUAAUGCAUGGACUCAUUUUGGUAGCUAUUUUGGCGACUGCCAAAAGUGCCGAGGCGGAAAUUACAAUGGAGGCAGCUUUUCAAGGUCACUGUGGUCACACGAGUCCAUGCGAACAGUUAUGCUACGAAAUCCACGAUGGAAUGUACGAGUGCGAUUGCAUAGAGGGGUACGAACUGAACAAAAACGGUUACAGCUGUCAAGUAAUAAAUUCCACGAACAGUGCGGAUGGUCAUUCGAAAUCCGAUGAGGACGUACUUUAUCAAAAGGGCGCUUCGUUUAGCGCUAAGCUUGGUUAUGCGCCCUCAACAUCAUCGAUGACUGGUGAUACAGCGAAUCUGGAGGCUUCAGCGCCCUUUUCGUCGGCAUCAUUCUCGAUGGAGGAUGUCGAGGGUGUAGAGGACGAUAACUUUUUCUACGAUGACGCGAAACGCAACGACCAGCGUACAAAGGUCAAUUCAAACGAUUAUUACAUAUCAUCUGAAGACGUCUAUUUCAGUAAUGGCGAUGAACAAGAGUUAACUAAUACUAGCCAAGAUGUACCUGAGUUGAAAACUAAACUGACAGAACCGACAACGACACGGAGCGCAAUCAAUUCCCGCCGCGUUGUAGUAACUGCCACAACUGACGAUCCCCUAGAAGCGUCCACAAAUAAAAAAUCCAUACGAAUUCAUUUGAAAGCGGAACCCAAGCCCACUGCAAUGAAUAAUGGGCCGCACAAGACACGGAAUUCAGCUCGCAUUCAAAAGGGCACACCGUCAGUAACAUCAACAACUACACAAGCAAUUAAUCAUAAUGAUAAUAAUAAAAAUAAGAUAGUGAAUACACUGAGCAAUGACCUAGACAUGGAUGAGCCCAACUUUGGUGGUGUCGCCGUCAAGCAGCCUCAUAUGCGCACAUCCAGUCAGAGUCAAAGUACAUAUCAGGAUCAGCACACUGCGGUGGCAGCGGAUCUCUACAAUAAAAACAAUAAAAGCAACAACACAAAAAAGUCAGCUGCAGCAAGCGCGAGCUCCAAAUUGAGCAAGCUGAGCACCACGAGAGUAAACAGCUCGUUUUCUAUGAAUGUUCACGCUUGCGAUUUGGAUUGUGGCACGGAAGGUGUGUGCGAACGUGUGGACGAUGCUAACAAAUGCCUUUGUCCCUUUGGAAGAAGUGGUGAGCGGUGCCUGGAAGAAAUUAAAAUACGCACGCCGAAGUUUUCGAAGCAUUCGUGGUUAGCCUUUCCGGCACUGAGAGGUGCUUAUAAGCAUGUUCAGAUACGAGUAGAAUUUCGACCAGAGUCAUUCGAUGGCAUAAUACUACUUAGCGGUGAGAGAGAUGACCUCACCGGAGAUUUUAUGGCGCUUCUAUUGAAUAAAGGAUUCGUUGAGUUUUGGUUUGACUGCGGAUCUGGCGUAGGCAGUGUACGGUCACGUGAGACAAUAUUGUUAAACGAGUGGAACUCGGUGAUAAUUUAUCGUCACCGUUGGGAUGCUUGGUUGGUACUAAACCAUGGCACCAAAGUUCAGGGUCGCUCUAAUGGACUCUUUUCUCGCAUAACAUUCCGUGAACCGGUCUUUCUGGGCGGCACUGGCAACAUAACGGGCUUAACAAAGCGUUUACCCGUCAAUAAUGGUUUUAUCGGCUGCAUAAGACGCUUUGUGGCGAACGAACACGAGUACAAGUUCGAGGAACAUCCAUUGGGGGAUGUUACCAAGGGUUUUGACAUACAGGACUGCAUAACUGACAAAUGCUUCACAUACCCUUGUCAACAUGGCGGCAAGUGUUUGCCCUCUGAUCAGGGUGCUGUUUGCUUAUGUCCCAUCGGUUUUGUCGGCGAUCUUUGCGAAAUACGUAUGGAUCUUCAGGUACCCGCUUUUAAUGGUUCGUCCUACCUGCGUUAUGCGCCACUCGGCGAUAGUGCGUUGAUUUGGUUGGAACUGAAGAUUAUUUUGAAAGCGGAACAACCCGACGGUCUAAUAUUAUAUUCGGGCUCGACGAAACAUGGUGAUUUCAUCGCCUUAUCGCUGAGCGGUGGUUUUGUUGAGUUCGUUUUUGAUCUUGGCAGCGGUCCAGCUAUUGUAAGGAGUGAGUACCCUUUGAGCAUUGGACAAUGGCAUACAGUAAAAGUGUCACGUACAGCAAGACUAGCGGUUCUAAAGAUCGAUACAUAUCCGGAAGUAAUGACAAUCUCCUCAAAUGGUUUCUGGCAUCUCUCACUGCCUGAAAAUAUCUUUUUGGGCGGUGUGAAUCACGAAGAUAAACUACCGUUGGAUCUGAAAUCGAAACCGUUCUUCGUGGGUUGCAUACAAAAGAUCGAUAUCAAUGGGCACUCACUGGCGAUUAUUUCGGAAGCUUUAGGUGGUACAAAUAUCGGCAAUUGUCCGCACGCUUGCGUGGCUAGGCCGUGUGGCCCACUUGCCGAAUGCAUACCACAAAUGGAGAGUUAUGAAUGCCGUUGCAAUGCAUUCAGCACUCAAUGCAAUAAGGCAGCCGAGGUACCACUAGAGGAAUUACAAAAGAAUAAAGCGAAGAAGAAGGAAAAUAAAGAAAAACCUAAAAUUUACAGUAAACAUACGGCACAUUUACCUAAGCAUACGAAGGCGGGUGGACACUCCAAAUUGCAUAUGAGUAAAGUGCCUUCUAAGGGUAUAAAAGCACCCAAAACCCACCACACCACAGUCAGUCCCACAACGGAGCGAACCACCACUUCAAGCCACAAACGCAUGGAACACGGCAGCCGGCGUAGGCAGUCUUGGGAACCGGUGGAGGAAGAUGUGGUCGAGAAGGCAGAUGAUGAUAUCAUAUAUCGAGAUACGCGGCAUCUAGAUGAAGAAAGCUACUACAAUGAAGAACCGUUACCAAGAAAACAUAAGAAAGAAAAGCGUAAAGAAAAACACACAACUAAAGAAAGUGAAGUGUGGUCAACGAAACGCCGUGAUAGUUCCAAGGUGCGCGGCAAAGAUGAUCACCAACACAAAAACGUCUACGAUUUUAAACUAAGCCGAUUGCCGACACACUACGAAAGUUUCCAAACGAAUCCGGAAAUCGACAUACUGACAUUCGACGAGAAUGUCGAAGUGGAAAUUGGUGUAGACCCAGACAAGGAUUACGAGCAGAAGCCGGAUGUUAAACAGAAAAAUGUUAACGAUAACAAAAACGACAUUGGAUCGACGCGGGAUGUUUUCAAGCAAGAUGAUCUCGAUAGCAUACCGUCGGCGUGGAAAAAUGAUAUGUACGAAGAUGAUCGGCGGCAUGCGCACGAUGCCAUGAACGAAGAAACCAAAUCCGAACCGUUUUUUGUGGACGACAUACUGUUCGACAGCAAAAGCGACGGCACUGACGAUUAUCAUCGCAAGGAGUUGGUACAGGAUAUGCGACGCAUACUCGCCAAUGGCCCCGAGAAUACAUCUAAUAAUAAAGAGCUAAAGCUGGUCGUAGAUGAGUACGAUUACGAAAGUGACGAUAUUAGUCAAGAAGAUCCAACGAAAUUCAAUAUAGAUGAGAAAAAUAGUUUUAACGACACUUUUAGCAUGUCGUCGGAACUCGAUGCUGAGUUUAAUGAAAUGAAUGAUGAUAUUCUCGAAGCGGUGCAGACAGUCGUUACGGAAAAGGCGACUACAGUUAAACAAAACAAACCGUCCCCCACCAUUGACACCCAAACGGAUUGGAGUUUAUUGAAGAAAAUGCAAUUGCCGGCGGAUCAUCAGAGCCAAUUUGUUGGCGUACGCAAGAAUUUCGGCGCUUGCUUUGCUGGCGAGGACAGUUACUUUCAUUACAACGACGCCGAGACGAUGAGUCAGGUUAUAAGCUACAAUAUAGACUUGAAUUUACGCAUUAAGACGCACUCACCGAAUGGCGUUAUUUUGUGGACUGGACGACAAGGCACGACGGAGGAAAAUGCUGACUUUCUAUCUUUGGGUAUCGAAAAUGGUUAUCUACAUUUUCGCUAUGAUUUGGGUUCCGGAGAGGUCGAUAUAAAAUUCAACACGAGCCGCGUGAGCGACGGUCUUUGGCAUCGGGUCCGUGCAUUCAGAGACUCACAGGCUGGCUACUUGGAGAUAGAUGGCAGAAAAACAACAACACAAUAUUCGCCUGGCAAAUUAAAACAAUUGAAUACAGACACCGGACUCUAUGUCGGUGGCAUGCCCAAUGCGAUUUACUUCACACGACGAAAAUAUGCGAAUGGCAUUGUCGGCUGCAUUUCGGAGAUCGUGUUGGCUGGCGAAUUGAAAUUGAAUUUCGAUCCUAAUACGCUGGGGACAGCACACAAUGUCGAAACGGGAUUACUUUGAAAUACCGUUAUAAAAACGUAUCAACAACCGUCAAUACUACUGACACUAGUUUAAUAGUCCGUUUGGUUUGUUCGAGCAGUGAGUACUUUUUCGGUUUGUACAAAGAGAUGAUUUUACACUCAAACAACAAAAAAAAAAAAAA